AUUUCUACGUCGUAUGUCUCUGUUAGCGACUUUGGGGUUAGCUUAUAAACGUUAAUAGCUUUUACAACAGAAAUGUAACCGCUACUGUUACCAUUAGGGGCCUAUUUUCUACAUGUAACGCGGGUAAAGUAGCUAACUGCUCCUUGUGUUAGCAGGUUUAGCGAAGGUAAUUAAGGACAUUCGCCUACCUUUUCAGGGUUUAUGCUAAAGUGACUCAGGCCAGUUAGUCUGAAUGAUUUCUCCGGUGUCAGUCCGCUCCGUUAAACCUCAGUCUGCUCUCAGACAAUGAUGUUCUCAGACAGUGAUGAUUAGACUGGCUAGGCUUUUCAGGGCAGCUCUCAGGACUGUUCGCUCCGUCGAUGACAUGGCUAAAGGGAAGUUUUUCUACGCAGUGAGGAAAGGAUUCAAGCCAGGAGUCUACACUUCAUGGGAUGAAUGUAAGAGCCAGGUAGACAAGUUUCCAGCAGCUUCUUUCAAGAAGUUUGCAUCAGAGAAAGAUGCCUGGAUGUUCAUCAGAGGGAUCCAACCUUCUGCAGCUCCAGAGGUGACAAAAGCGUCUCAUGUUGUGGCGUCAGACAUCAAUCUGCUUCCUAAAAGAGGCCCGGAGCCUCUGGAGUACAUCCCUCUGGGUAAGAAGAGAACUCACUCAGAACAAGAAGAGGCAGAGUCCAAUCCCAAACGAGUCAAACAGUCAGAAACUUCCGCAUCAGAAAACACAGGUGGAUUCACAUACAUGGGUGAUGCUGUGGUGGUUUACACUGACGGUUGCUGUUCAGCCAACGGUAAGAAGGGCGCCCGAGCCGGGAUCGGUGUGUACUGGGGCAGCGACAAUCCCCUAAAUGUUGCAGAGCGACUACAUGGGAGACAAACCAACCAGCGUGCAGAAAUACAGGCGGCCUGCAGAGCGCUGGAGCAAGCCAAAGAGAUGAACUUUAAGAAGCUGGUUCUCUACACAGACAGCAAGUUCACGAUCAACAGUGUGACCAGCUGGGUGAAGAACUGGAAGUUGAACGGCUGGAGGCUGAAGUCUGGAGGUCUGGUCACCAACAAAGAAGACUUUGUGAAGCUGGACAGACUGAAUUCAGAGCUGGAGGUGGUCUGGUUGCACAUUCCAGGUCACGCCGGCUACAAAGGCAACGAGGAGGCCGACAGACUGUCGAGAGAAGGAGCAGCGAAGCCUCUAGAAGAGAAUGAAGACGUAGACGAUUCCAUUUAAAGACAUCUGCAGGACUGUUCCUGUGCACUCAGGAGCCUCAGCUAGUCCACUGAUUCUGGUCUGGGGUUUGUUUAUCGCUCCAGGAGGGAGUCCUUUGUUUGUUGGUUUGAAUUUUAUCUUGUAUUUCUGCUGUAAAUAAAGUCUUAAGUUUCUGCUUCCA